CCAGCAGAUUGAAGGCAUUAAAAACGUACAACUCAGAGAAACAUACAGGAGGGGGGGAGAAAGAGGAAAGGAGGGAGCAGAGAGGCAGGGCUCGGCACAGAGCGACAAAGUGACUAAGUAAGAAGGGAAAAAAAAGGGGGAAGUCUCUGAAAACUAGGGGAGGCAGUGUGUAGAGGAGAGAGAGAGAGAGAGAGAGAGAGAGAGAGAGAGAGAGAGAGAGAGAGAGAGAGAGAGAGAGAGAGAGAGAAACAAGAAGUUAUAUGUGGCUAUUUGAGGUAGUGAUUGAGGAAUGGAGCGAGACAGAAUAGCUGCUCUGAAGAGGUCCUUCGAAGUGGAGGACGUGGACACCUCCUCCCACUCCCCCGGGUCCCGCCGGACCACCAACUCCCCCCACCGCAACGCCAUGUCCCCGACCAGCGUCUACCACCGCGAGCUGGGCACCGCCAGCUCCAGCGCCUCCAACAACAACAACCACCACAGCCUCGCCCAGCCCCGCUCCGUCAUGGGCGGAGGCGGGGGCUCCAAGACCCCCGAGCCGGUGUCCCGGCGCUCCGAGCUGUCCAUCGACAUCACCUCCUCCUCCUCCUCCUGCGGCAACAAGCAGCUGGACAACGUCACCAGCCCGGGCUCGGUGCGCUCCCUGGGGAACAGCGCCCUGAAGCGGCCCGAGGUCCUGGGACACUCCAGGUCCUCCGACCUCUCCGGGGGCCACAAGCGGGAGGUGACCUUCGCCAAGGCGUCGCCCGGAGACCCCUCGGCGACGCGCCGCAACGACACCGGCGGCAACCACAACAACAACGGCCCCUCCUCCGCUCGGACCCCCGAGCAGAACCACCACGCCCGGGGCCCCGGCAGUGACACGCGCAAGCCCGAGAUCAGUGUCACCCGGGCCCCGCCGGCUGAGAACAACGGCCACCACCAGCCGCACCCCCCACACCCUAACCCCCACCACAACACCAUCGUCACCACCUUCCGCUGCUCCUCCCCCAGCCAGGCGGGCCGCAAGUCGCCCGUCCCCUCCGACAGGUCAGAGGUCAAUCCGAGCCACAGCAACAUGACGGACUCCGCCAAGCUUCACCAGCCCCACCCUCCCCCCAAGGGGGAGCGGAGCCACGCCGGCGACUUCAGCUACGUUGGCAUCGACGCCAUCUUGGAGCAGAUGAGGAGGAAGGCCAUGAAGCAGGGCUUUGAGCUCAACAUCAUGGUGGUUGGGCAGAGUGGCCUGGGAAAGUCCACGCUGAUGAACACACUCUUCAAAUCCAAGGUGAGCCGCAAGUCGGCGCAACCGAACCCCGAAGAGAAGAUCCCCCAGACCAUCGAGAUCAAGUCCAUCAGCCAUGAUAUCGAAGAGAAGGGCGUCAGGAUGAAACUGGCAGUCAUCGACACUCCGGGCUUUGGUGACCAGAUCAACAAUGAAAACUGCUGGCAGCCCAUCAUGAAGUUCAUCAAUGACCAGUAUGAGGCCUACCUGCAGGAGGAGAUCAACAUCGACAGGAAGAAGCGGAUCCCAGACUCCAGGGUCCACUGCUGCAUAUAUUUCAUCCCCCCCACUGGACACUGUCUAAGACCCCUGGACGUGGAGUUCAUGAGACGUCUGAGCAAGGUGGUCAACAUCGUCCCCGUCAUCGCCAAGGCCGACACCCUCACCCUGGAGGAGAGGGACGACUUCAAACAGACGAUUCGGGAGGAGCUGCGAGCCAAUGGCAUCGACGUGUAUCCCCAGAAGGAGUUUGACGAGGAUGCGGAGGACCGACUCAUCAACGACAAAAUCCGAGAGAUGAUCCCUUUUGCUGUGGUGGGGAGUGACCAGGAGUACCAAGUCAACGGGAAGAAAAUUCUGGGAAGGAAAACCAAAUGGGGCACCAUAGAAGUGGAGAAUAUCGCACACUGUGAGUUUGCCUACCUGCGCGACCUCCUGAUCAGGACCCACAUGCAGAACAUCAAGGACAUCACAGGCAGCAUCCACUACGAGAUGUACCGCGUCCGCAGGCUCAACGAGUCCAACGCCGGGCCUGGCCUCGCACCCGGCCAGGCCCCCACCCUGGUCCCCGCCCACACCAAUGGACAGACCAAGGUCAACGGCGGCCCGCCCAACGGCAUGGCCGCGCAGUGCGAGGUCCUGACUCACGAGAUGUAGGCGGUGGAUCUCCCUCUGCCUGCCGUCGCCAUGGAGAUGACGUCAAGUCGCCAUGGAGACUACCUGUACCGUCAGGAAAGAAACCAAACGUAACCAAACCUUGUAGCCAUCCAACUGAAUAUGCAAAGGAUGUAUAGGCUCUCGUAUAAACCUAUACUCUCUCUCACACAGACAGACAGACACACAGACACGCACACAGACACACACACACUUUAAGGCCCAUUUGGACGGGUAUCUCCAUUUGCAAGUUAUCUCCAGGUCAGAGCCUUGAGGUUGAAACAAUGCCAGUUUCACCAUAUCUAAAAUGGCGGUUCCCAGUGUUCGAUUUCAGCACCCAGGGCUUCUCCAGUUAGAUGUCCGCAGACAGCUCGUCUCCUGGAGCAACAACUUUGCUCCAAAGAAAGUUACAGCUUAUUAGUUUCAGCUAAUAGCUUAGCAUCUAUACUAGGACUAGAUGUUACUAUUGAUCUGGUUUUCCUAUGUGUUGUGGUGUAUAGUAAUGUGUAGAUACGUGAGGGUCGAAUAGGGAUACGAAAGUACAUAGACUAGGAUUUUAAGUAUUAUGGAUGAAGAGAAUACUGAGGACACAUCUGCACUGUAAUAAUAUAUGUAUAGGACAAAUUCUAAACAGUGUGGAGCAGCAUUCAGGGGGCCAGCGCAUCCUUGUCUUUGUAUCGUCUUAUUGACCUUUUCUGCCAAACCAAACCUGUCUUCCUCUCUUUACAGGCCUAUAUGAAGCCUGUCUGUUAUACAGUCCUACCAUGCAUUUUACAUGGCUUAUUUACUGUUGUAAUUUUAUUGUUAUUGUUGUAAUAUUAUUGGUUAGUAUGAGGUCUGUUUUAUUUUUUUGAUCUGGAACGUUCUCUCCCACUGCCGAACACGUCUGUCCAUUCCCUCAUUUGCCUCUCCUCAAACUGUAAACCAAAUAAAUGCCUUUUUUUUUUUGUUCCCUAAGAAUUAACAGAUGUUAUGGAUAUAGGUAUUUAUGCGCGAUUUGAUUCUUCCAUCCACUUCAGUGUUGAUCGUACCACUGCCAGCAGCUACAGUAGAUUACAACGGGAAAAUGUAUUUGUUGCCGCCUGCAUUAUAUAAUAAGUCAUCCAAUAGGCUAGACUUGGGGUCACAGGUCGGAUUAGUGUACCAGUGCAUCAGUUAUGAAGAGAGCAAUGUUGUAGAACAAUGGAGGUGGAACAUAGCUUUCUUUAUGACGGUGAGCAUCUGUGCUGCCCAUAGAACAAUUAUAGAGUUCAUGUAGCAUUGUGUAGAAGGCUGUCAUUUCCUUAUGUUCCUCCUGAGAAAGAAUAUGGAUAUAUCAGGUAAAUCAACGGAUAAUGAAACAAUUAAAUUGCAUCUUGUUUACUUGUUCUUGUCUUUAAUAUGUUACCUGAAAGAAAUAAAGAUCGAUAUUUUUAUUGUUUAAA